AUGAGCAAGUGCUUAUCCCUUUGGAGUUUAUUUUACUUUGCAUUUUUCACAUUUCUGUUUGCGGUGUUAAUCAUUGCUAAUGCCAUUGCCACUACUGAUUGGGAGAUUGUUUUCUUUAGGGAUUAUUUAUAUUUUUAAUUGUCUUUCUGCUAUUCUAUUCCCCAUUUUGAGCCUUAUGUUUUUGCUUCACUACAGAUAUAAAUGACCUCAACUAAAGCAAGUUCCCUGGCUUGUUUUAGGAAAUAAAAAUUUUAAUUUGUAGAAGGGUUUGGGUGAGCAUUUAUGAGUAUUUUGUUUUUUUCCCUACAAUUUGAGAUACAAAAUGGAUUUUGACGAGCGAUUCUCAACCAAAUCGAUCAUUUGACUGUUCAUUUGGAGUAAAUUGGGGAGUAAAGUUUCUACUCUUGCGGCCUGAGCUUUUAUAUGGAACAUGGAAUUGUAACUUCAAGCUGGAUGUGUAUAUAUACGAUUACCUUAUGAAGAGAAAACUGCAUAAUUCUGCAAAGGCAUUUCAGUCUGAAGGGAAGGUGUCCACAAAUCCUGUUGCUAUUGAUGCACCUGGUGGUUUUCUCUCUGAAUGGUGGUCUGUCUUUUGGGACAUCUUCAUUGCCAGGACAAAUGAGAAUUACUCAGAAGACGCAAUGUCUUACAUUGAGACUCAAAUGGUCAAGGCUCGGGAGCUGCAUCAGCAGCAUCAGCAACAGCAACAGAAUUCAAAACCUCAACAACAUCAGCAGAUGCGGAUGCAGCAGUUGAUAUUACAGCAGCAGCAGCAGCAGCAGCAGCAACGAAGAGAUGGGAACCAACAUCCCAGUGGAACUGUCAACAGGCCUGCUGCUAAAGAUGUUGCAAGACAUAGCCCUGCAACUGCAAAUGCAUCGGCAGCAAAAAUAUAUGAGGACAGACUAAACCUUCCACUUCAGAGAGAUUCCUUGGAUGAGGUGUCCAUGAAGCAGCAAUUAAGUGAUAAUGUGGGGCAGCUUCUGGAUCCAAAUCAUGCUUCUUUGCUGAAAGCAGCUGCAUUGGGCAGAUUACCUCCAAGGCAAACACUGCAUGGUACUCCUGGAGGCUCAGGAAAUCUGCAGCAAGCUCAACACCGGAGUCAGCAACUUCCUGCAUCUAACCAGGACACAAAGAAUGAGAUUAAUGCCAUGAUAAAUCCCAGAACUGGUGGUACAGAAGGUUCAUUGAUUGGAGUUCAUGGACCAAAUCAAGGGGGAAGCAACUUAACUUUGAAAGGAUGGCCUCUGACCGGAGUUGAUCAGCUUGGGCUUCUUCAGCAUCAGAAGUUGAUGCCAUCCCCUCUGCCACUCAAUAAAUUUCAGCUACAGCAGCAGUUUAUCCUUCAAGCACAGCAAUACUUGGCAUCACAAUCUAUGAGUGAUUUGGAGCGAAGAAAACUGAGAAUGCUUCUUAGUAACCAGAAUAUGGGUCUUGGGAAGGAUGACGCCUUAAAUUCUGGUGAUAUUCUUGGUAACUUUGGAUCGCUGUUGCAAGUUAAUAGCCCUAUAUUGCCUCAUGGAGACACUGAUCUACUGAUCAAGUUACAGCAGCAACAAUUGCAGAACCAGAACCAACAGCAUCCACAUGUGAGUCAGCAACCUCAAAAUCCAAAUCAAAGCCUCCAGCAACAAGACAAAAUUAUUGGUUCUAGCAGCAUGACAGUGGAUGGUAGCAUGUCAGACACUUUUCGUGGAAAUGACCAGACUUCAAAAGGUCAAAUUGUGAGAAAGAGAAAGCAGCCAGGGUCAUCCUCUGGUGCUGCCAAUAGCUCAGGCACAACUAACACCACCGGACCAUCCCUAAGUUCUCCCUCAACACCUUCUACUCACACGCCAGGGGAUGAUAUUUCAGUUCCUACUUUGCCACACAAUGGCGGUUCCUCAAAGUCUAUGCUCAUGUUUGGGUCUGAUGGAUUGGGCCCCCUUGCAUCUUCCCCAAAUGAACUGGCUGAUAUGGACCAUUUUGUAGAUGAUAGAACUCUGGAGGACAAUGUAGACUCUUUCUUUUCUCAUGAUGUUGCAGAUCUUAGAGAUAGGUUUGGUCAAUCUGCAGAUAUCAACAAAGGCUUUGCAUUGUCGGAGAUCCGGCAUGUGCCUGUGAGUACGAGUAAAGUUGAAUGUUGUCACUUCUCAUCUGAUGGAAAAUUGCUUGCAACUGGUGGGCAUGACAAAAAGGCUACACUGUGGUGCACAGAGUCUUUUACUGCAAAGUCCACCCUUGAAGAACAUUCUCAAUGGAUCACUGAUGUAUGUUUCAGCCCAAGCAUCUCACGGCUUGCUACAUCUUCAGCUGACAAAACUGUCAGAGUUUGGGAUGCUGAUAAUCCAGGCUACUCACUUCACACAUUUACCGGACAUUCUACAACCGUCAUGUCAGUGGAGUUCCAUCCUAGUAAAGAGGAUCUUAUAUGUUCAUGUGAUAACAACAGUGACAUUCGCUACUGGAGUAUCAGGAAUGGCAGUUGUGUUGGAGUUUUGAAGGGAGGUGCUACUCAGACAAGAUUUCAACCUCAUCUCGGAAGGGUCCUUGCAGCUGCUGCAGAGAAUGUGGUAUCCAUCCUAGAUGUUGAGACUCAAGUUUGCAGGCUUAAAUUGCAGGGCCAUAAAAAUCAUAUCCAUUCUGUGUGUUGGGAUCCUUCUGGUGAGUUUGUGGCAUCUGUGAGUGAUGACUUGGUUAGGGUGUGGACGGUGGGGUCCGGCAGCAAAGGGGAAUGUGUUCAUGAAUUGAGCUGCACUGGAAACAAAUUUCAUACGUGUGUUUUCCACCCCACUUAUUCGUCUAUGCUGAUAAUUGGUUGCUACGAGACUCUGGAGCUUUGGAACAUGGCAGAAAACAAGAUGAUGACUAUAGCUGCGCAUGACAAACUGGUAUCUGAUUUAGCAGUGUCAAGUGUUACCGGUUUUGUAGCUUCUGCUAGUCAUGAUAAGCAUGUCAAGCUCUGGAAGUGAUCUCAUCGGUUUUUGGGGUCUUCUCAAAUUACCAUUAAAAAAUGUUUAUGCUAACCAGUUUCCAGGUUUUCUGACGAAUACUUUUUUAGAUGUUUAUAUUGUCAGAUGUCUACAGCCUGUUUAGUAGGAAAGGGCUUUUAGAUUUUGUCCAUUUUACAUUAAUGAAUGCAAUUAUAGAAUAUGAAAA